CACAAAUUAUAAUAAAGCAUCAAAAUAGCAGCAUGCCAUUCAGGCGACAUAGCAUGAAAUCUGAACAAAUUCUAGAUCGAGAGAAGCUAUUGCAGAGCAUAGUGCGAGAUCGUACCUUAUUAAACAAUUAUUUUCAAGACUUGAGAACAAAAGAAUGCCAAAAGACAGAUCAAGAACCCCAAACAACGACCCUAAGCCAGAAAACUUUGCAUAUGCAACAACGGGAUAGCUACGAUUUGUUUUUUGAAAGCGCUUGUAUCAGCAUCAAGAGUUUGCCACCUAAACUGGCAGCUGAAGCCAAAAGUCGCAUUUCACAGAUCAUAACCGAAUUCGAGCUGCGUGCUAUUUCACAGCAGGAAGCGCAACAGGAGAAGCAAAAGGAAAAGCAACAAAUAACCAAGACCGGGAGGCUGUCCAAUGAAUCGCCAAUGGAUCCUUCAUCGGAGAUCGUAUACGAGUUUGAAGCAUACAGUUGAAGGAACUGUCACUGAAUUACCUGUCAACAUGUUCGAUUCGGAAAGAAAUUUAGUGUAUCUGGGCCUUUUUCACAG